UUCCUGCUGAUAUUUCCAUAUUUAGCAACGAAGAAGAUGCCUGGCACUCCAAUGGAGCGAGACAGUAACAUGUUAGGGAAGCUGCAGAGCGAACGGACGCAAGACGAACCGAAGUGCGAGUCAGUUGUGCGAGAGAUUACGCAAACUGAUCGGCUGAAUAAGAAGUUGCUCGUGUCGGUUUUGGAGCGUAUGAAAAAGUCAGACGGACAGUUUGAUAAAUUUAUGGAGGACGGGAGAGGAAGUUGCCAAUCGCACGACGACAGCGAUUUUUAAGACGACCUGUAAAUCUGAGUAUC